AAAAAUAAAGUGAAUAUUUGGGUCCCAGAUCCAUUUAAGCUCUAGCCUAUAGUCAGAUCUUUUCAGGAAGAUUUUUCUCCACCCAGAACCAAGGAAUAAGACAAGCACAGCAUUCCUCUUGAGUGGAGGAUUGUUUUAUAAUUUACCUUUUUGUAGUCCUUGAUCCAAUGUCCUACACUGUGAGUGGCCCAGACUUUGUCUCCUACUUUUUCUCUCUCUUUUUUUUUGGGGGGGGGGGGUUGCGUUAUGCGCUUCACAAAUACUGCAUUUUUUACAAACUGAAGUUUUGUGGCAACCCUACAUCAAGCAAGUCUAUCAGCACCAUUUUUCUUUCUUCCUUCCUUUCUUUUUUUUUUUUUUUUCCAAAAAGAUCACCAAACCCUGGGAUCAUGACCCCAGCUGAAAGCACACUCCCAACUGACUGAAUCGCUCAGGUGCCUCCCAGAUUUUCUUUGUUUUAAUGACGCCAACAGUUUUGAGGAUUAUUAGUCAGGUAUAUUGAGGAAAGUCAUUCUAUUGGAAUUUGUUAGAUGUUUUUCUCAUGAUUAGAUUGGGAUUAUGGGUUUUGGGUAGAAGAUCACAGAAGUGCCAUUUUCAUCACAUCAUUCCAAGGGUAUUUACUAUCAUCUUGAUGUUGACCUUGAUUACCUGGCUGAGGUAGGGUUUGUCAAGUUUUUGUUUCUGUUCCACCACCCCCCCUUCCUUUCCAUGCUCUCCUCUUUGGAAGAAAGUCACUAUGCAUGACUAUACUUUAGGAGUGAGGAAUUAUGCUCCCCCUCUUAGGGUUAUGUUUUAACAAGCAAAACAACCCACACGACAGGUAUCUUAGCUCUUUGCAUCAAUGGUCAUGCCUUGAACUUUUAGCAGCUGAUCUUAAGUGGAAACAUAUUCUGCACUGGCCACCCUUUCUCUUGGAGCCUCACUUUCCUCAUUUGUAAAGUUAGGGUUAUUGAUCCUUCGCCCCUAGAACUGUAGAGAGUAGAAAGUCUCCUGCUGUCGGUGUCAAUUCCCUCUGCCUCCGGCUUUUGGCUAUCUGGGAGCCCCCUCCCAGAGAGGGUCAGUGAUGACCUAAGGUCUUACAGCAUGCUUGGCAGAGCCAAAGUCAACCCCGGGCUCUAACCACACCCUGGGUCCACUUUGCCCCACCCGGGGGCGUGGAGCAAAGGUGUACUUCCGCCAGCCAGCCGUAGGUACCUCACACGUGGCGAGUCUGGGUGCCCAGCCACCUGCAGGACCAGAAUGAUGAGUCUGAGCUCGGGAUCCCGCUCUCUGCGGUCCAGCCAGGCCUCCCCCUCCACUGGCCCGUCAGGGGUCUGCUGGCAGCACUCGGUGUUCCCCAAAUGCAACCUCUCAGUCCGUUCCCAUGUCUCCCUCGCACUGGCCUGUGGGCAUCUCCAGGGAUCUCCUGUCCUAGAGCUUAACGUGGGAGGCGAGUUGUACACCACCACCGUGGGCACCCUGAGAAAGCUCCCGGGUUCAAAGCUGGCAGAGAUGUUCUCCAGCUCCGCUAAGGCCUACACGGAUGCAGAGGGCCGCUUCUUCAUCGAUCGCCCCGGCACCUAUUUCGGACCCAUCCUGGACUACCUGCGCAGCGAGCAGCUGCCCACACACCACAUCCCGGAGGUGUACCGCGAGGCGCAGUUUUAUGAAAUCAAGCCUCUGGUCAAGCUCUUGGAGGACACGCCGCAGAUCUUCGGUGAGCAGGUGGCCCGGAGGCAGUUCUUGCUGCGGGUGCCGGGCUACAGCGAGAACCUGGAGCUCAUGGUGCGCCUGGCGCGCGCCGAGGCGGUGGCGGCUCGCAGCUCCGCGGUGCUGGUGUGCGCGGUGCGCACUGAAGAAGACGCGAUGCUCUGCGCGGAUGCCCUGCGGGUUCUGGAGGCCGAAAAGAGGUCGGUGGUCAAGUUCGGCCCCUGGAAGGCGGCCCCGCAGGUCAAGGACCUCCUCGACUGCGUGAAGAUGGACAUUACGGCCCAGGGGUACCAGGUACACUAUGAACAGUUCUCGGAGAGGACGUUACGGACCAAGCACUUGGGUUACUUUUACACAUUCGUCUUCAUCUGGUGGUGAUCCCCUGGGGAGGGGAGGGGGGGGACACAGUUUAUUUCAGGUUCUGGUGCGACUUAUGAAAUUAAAAGUUGCCUUCAAAAUUCGUCUUACUUGGGGCACCUGAGUGGCUCAGUGGGUUAAGCCUCUGCCUUACGCUCAGGUCAUGAUCCCAAGAUCCUGGGAUCGAGCCC